CUCGUUCCCCUCUCCGCUCUCCUUGCAAUCCAUCGGCAUCGCCCGCCGCGUCGUCUUCCUCUCGCCUUCCUCCUCCUCCUCCUGCUCCUCGGCCCCGCCUAACCUCCCUCCCCCUGGUCCACGGCGACCUCGGACUUUCCUCCACCAAACCGCGCCAACCCCCAUUCCAUUGGCCGCCUCCUCAAACAUCCCCCCGCCAUUCGCGCCACCAUCCAUUCCAUUCCCAUUCCUCCCUGCUCCCCCACAGCUGCUCCAUCCGCCCGCUUCCGCCCCCUUUGCCUUUGACUCUCGCCGGCCGGAAUCGGCCCAACUCCCCCCUUCUUAUCCCCGCCCUCCCUCUCCCCGGACCCCUCAGCCCAGCAAGUUCUUUGGAAGGAAGAAGAGGUGAUUUUGGUACUAGCGAUGGCGUCGAUCCGGCGGCCGCACUCGCCGGCCAGGGCGCAGCACCUGCUGCGGCACAACCACCCCUUCGCCACCGCCUCGCCGCCCUCCUCGCCGCUGCGCCACGCCUCCUCCGCCGCCUCGGCCGCCGCGCCCUCCUCCUCGCCCAGGAAGCCGGGCUACCCGCACCCGUUCCUCUUCUUCACCCGCCGCCCGCUGCCGCGCUUCGCCGCCUUCUUCCUCCUCGGCUCCUUCAUCGGCCUGCUCCACCUCCUCUCCCACCUCCCGCUCCACCACACCCUCCCCGCCCAUUCCUCCUCCUCCCCCCACCUCACCCACCUCCAGCAGCAGCAGCAGGACCAACCCAUGACCCAGCAGCAGCAGCAGUACCUAGCCGACGACGCCGCCGGCGGCGACGAGGAGGACGCCAACAAGCUGCUCAUCGUCGUCACGCCCACGCGCGCGCGGGCGUCGCAGGCCUACUACCUCAGCCGGAUGGGCCAGACGCUGCGCCUCGUCCGCCCGCCCGUGCUCUGGGUCGUCGUCGAGGCCGGCAGGCCCACCCCGGAGGCCGCCCUCGCGCUGCGCCGCACCGCCGUCAUGCACCGCUACGUCGGCUGCUGCGACGCCCUCAACGCCUCCGCCUCCCCCGCCGUCGACUUCCGCCCGCACCAGCUCAACGCCGGCCUCGAGGUCGUCGAGAACCACCGCCUCGACGGCGUCGUCUACUUCGCCGACGAGGAGGGCGUCUACUCCCUGCCGCUCUUCGACCGCCUCCGCCAGAUCAGGAGGUUCGGCACAUGGCCUGUUCCGACGAUCUCCGAGGGCGGCCACGACGUGGUGCUGGAAGGGCCCGUAUGCAAGCAGAACCAAGUUGUGGGGUGGCACACAAGUGGGGAUGCCAACAAGCUCCAGAGAUUUCAUGUCGCCAUGUCGGGCUUCGCGUUCAACAGCACCAUGCUCUGGGAUCCCAGGCUGAGGUCCCAUCGGGCCUGGAACUCGAUCCGGCACCCGGAAAUGGUGGAACAGGGCUUCCAAGGAACCACGUUUGUGGAGCAGUUAGUGGAGGAUGAGAGCCAGAUGGAGGGCAUACCUGCAGACUGCUCCCAAAUAAUGAACUGGCAUGUGCCAUUUGGAUCUGAGAGCCCGGUCUAUCCCAAAGGGUGGCGGUCCGCGGCGAAUCUGGAUGUGAUUAUCCCUCUAAAAUAAAUAGUUUCAUCAGCAGCUCUGUUCAUCAAAGCACUAACUCGUUUGACAGGCAUUUACAUAGCAGUUGAGCCUUGAAGAUUGGGCUUAACAGGUGCAGAGGCAUUCCAGGCUGACUUACCUUUGAGCGCAGCGGCGGCUCUUGGCAAGACAUUGCUACAUAGUAGUUUUCGCAGUACGACUUUUGAGAAAUAUUUUGUAGGAUGGAGAACUGGUGGGGCAACUCAACUCUUUGCCGUGUAAAUGUAAAUGUUGUCGCGAUUUGUAUUCAUUUGUUGAGUUGCAAAAGCCAAAAGGUGAAAUAUAUAUGCAAGAUUUGAAUA